AUGUCGACCAGCCAGUCCCGCGGCGUUGGACCUGUUCAUCCUUUCAGUACCCUCUGCGACGAGACGAAUUGCCCGGCUUCCUCGUCACUCGUCACUCGCAGAGACGCAGACGCAGACGCAGACGUGGCCGGACGCUCCCCCGUACCGCCUAGACUGACUCAGGCUCGGUCCGACGGACGCUCUCCGUCACCGCGAAUCCGCCGCCAGACACGACACCACCCUCUUCAUCUUCAACUCGACCACUGCGCACCACGCACACGCACACGGCCAUGCCGGCCCGAAAAUCAGACCACCCUCGCAAAAGCGACGUCCCCAUCCCCGACGACAGCAUCCUACCCUCCGCCCCGGCAGACGAAUCGCAAACAUCUACGUCGGCGCCAGAAAAAACCACCAAGGACAGGGAAAGAGAGAGAGAGAGAGAGAGGGAAAGAGAAAGAGAAAAAGAAAAAGACGCCCCCUCAAUCGAAGCACGUCGUCCCCUUGCACCCCCAAAGCCCAUCCGGAAGUAGCAACCGCCGGCUAACCCCCCGACCAACGCAAACGCAGGACCUCACGCUCCCCCGGUCCAUCAUCACCCGGCUCGCAAAGGGCGUGCUCGCCCCCAACACGCAGAUCCAGGCCAACGCCGUGCUGGCCAUGAGCAAAAGCGCCACCAUGUUCAUAAACUACCUCGCCUCGCACGCCAACGAGAACACCGUCAACGCAAACAAGAAGACGGUCGCGCCGGCAGACGUCUUCAAGGCCCUCGACGAGAUUGAGUUUUCGUUUCUCAAGGAGCCCCUCGAGGCCGAGUUCGCCAAGUUCAGCCAGAUGCAGACGGAGAAGCGCACGAGCUACCGCCAGAAAGCGCGCGCUAGGCACGACGACACGGAGAUGGCGGGGGCGGCGGCCGGUGCGCCGCGCGCGAAGAAGCCGCGCGUCGAGCUGGGGGGGGCGGAGGCGGAGGCGGAGCGGGACGCCGGGACGGAGGAAGAGGCCGAGGUGCGCGGAGACGAGGAGGACGAGCGCCAAGAUGAAGAAGAAGAAGACAACGACGACGACGACGACGACGACGACGAGGAAGAACAAGGAGAGGAAGAGGGGGAAGAGGAUGAGGACGAGGGCGAGGGCGAGGACGAGGAGGGGAAUCAGAGCAGCCACGACGCGCAGGACGAGUUGGAAGAGCGGACCACAAGGCCGGAUGGGGACCGCGACGAGGCCUUGGACGGAGACGACAGUGACUAG